AUGAAGUUACUUCUACAAUUGUCUCUACUGUGUGUCUGGCUCAGCUCAGUUAUGGCUGCCAAAUCCGGUGAUGCCUUAUACCGUGGAUGUUUGGCCUGGGUCGGCAAAUACACUUUUGAGUGUCCCAGUCAGUACUACAAAUCCAAGUCUGGUCAUUCAGUUGCAUGCUACUGCUGGAGUCCCGAGUGGCUUGCUACCUAUGUUGACUGUGUCACCAGAGCCAAAAACGGUAACACAAACUACGCUCUUCACUCAAUCAUUGACGACGAAUGUAUCCCCUCAAUUCGACCCAACCUCACUGUUGCAGAAUUGCUCGACAUUUAUGAAAAUGCUACAGAUUACUUUGUCGACGUCUCAACUAUCAAAAACAAAACCUUGCCUUCUUACCAUCCUAUCAAGUUCACCCAAGCACAAAUUGACCAAGCUAAGAGAUCCUUUGCCGCUGGGUUUUAUUCAAAAUAUACUGGUAAUCUCUAUGGCGGUCUUAUGUUGGCAUACUUUGGUGCCGUUAUGCUUCUUGCUGCUAUCUCCAACUUUUUGAAAAAGGUGGCACCUGGCUUUGUUCACAAAACAACAAACAACAGAGUUGCUCUCUUUUUCCGCAAGAAACUCAUCAACCCUGCUGCCUUUGGUUAUAAGCACAGUGUUCCUAUCAAAUGGGGUCCUAUUAACAUGUCUCUUCCCACACGAGCUCAAACCUGGGUUCUUGCAGUAUAUUUUGGAAUGUACAUCAUUUUUAUAUUUAUUAAAUAUGAUAUCUAUGAUGGCAACACUCGUUACACUACUCGCACUCUCCAAAUCAGCCGUUAUGUUGGUGACCGUGCUGGCCUUAUUGCAAUGUCUCAACUCCCUCUCAUCUAUGCUUUUGCUGGCCGCAAUAACAUUCUAAUGUUCCUCACUGGUCUAUCAUACGACACCAUGAGUGUGUACCAUCGAUGGGUUGCACGUCUCAUGUACCUCAACGUGUUUAUUCAUGGUAUUACCUUUUCUAUCAACUAUCGCAAGGGUGGAACAUAUUUUAAAGAAAUGAAGGAACCAGCAGUUGUGUGGGGUAUUGCUGCCACAGUCUGCAUCAGUUUCACUUUGGUCAUUUCUCUUCGUCACUUCCGAGAGCAUCUCUAUGAAAUCUUUUUGCUCUUCCACCAGGCGUUUGCUAUUUUCUUUACUGUAGGUGUCUGGUGGCACGUCAAGCCCCACAAUUUUAGUGAAUGGAUUUACUGUGCUACCGCUCUCUGGGCUUUUGACCGAGCCGCACGAUUGGCCCGCAUAGUUCUUAACGGUGUUAAUGCCAAGGCUCAUCUCGAACUUCACCCUCAAAAUCUCAUCAAGAUUAAGGUCGAUUAUAACAGUUUUGUUUGGCGUCCCCGUCCUGGUGCUUACGUUUUUAUUCAUUUCCUCAACCCACGUUGGAGAUGCUGGGAAAACCACCCCUUCACUGCGUACCCCUCGCCUACCCCUGGUGAAGAAAAGAAGAUUAUUUUCUGUGCUCGUGUACGCAACGGCAAGACCAAGCAGCUGGAGAACUAUCUUAUUAAAAAUAACAACGCUAAAACCGUUCCAGUGUUUAUAGAUGGACCCUAUGGCCACACUGUUCCGUUACAGACUUCUGACAGCAUUGUCAUUAUUUCCGGAGGUAUCGGGUUUACUGGUGGCUACUCAUAUGCCUCUAAACUGACACAUCAGGCAGAGAAGAAAAACAUUAAAUUUAUUUGGGCCAUCCAAAACCACGAAAACGUGGAAACCUUCCGAGAUGAGCUCGAGUAUCUCUACAAAAAUAAUGUUAAUGUUCAAAUAUUUUUGUCAAGUGAGCCUAACGGACUUCAACGCAAGGUGACAAUUGAGAGAGAAGCAGGUUCAGACAAUGAAAAGGAUUUGUCAUCUGGAUCAGCAAUCAGCUUCAAUACACAAUUUACACGGCCGGAUCUUAAAAGCAUUAUUGAGACAUCAAUUAGUGAGGCGCAAGGAAGCAUUGCAUUCCUUGUGUGCGGCCCUGCUGGUAUGAACGAUGAUGUACGCAAGUAUGUUUCUGAAAACAUGGACAGAGGCAAUGGGCGUGUUGAUCUUUACAUUGAAGCUUUUAACUGGUAA